AUGGCAAAGCCACAGACUGCCAACCUUCCCCUGAUACCGCUCGCACGAGGCACCAUUCUCCUCCCCGGCCUCGUCCAGCGCAUCCCAGUAUCGUCAAACCGACCCGAUAUCCCUGCCCUGCUCGCUCACGUCUACGAACAAGCUGCUUCGAGGGGCCCUGAUACGCGCAUUGACAGCAUCCCUAUCGCCUGUGUUCCAAUUUCAUCCCCCCUUAUCAGUGGUAAUGGCCAGCGACUUAUUGGCGAUGCCGAAGAAAUAGACCCAGCUACGAUUGAGAACGUGCUUCCGGGCUCCGCCAAGAAGGAUGAUCUCUUCACGUUUGGUACAGCGGCUAAAAUCAUUGGUAUCGAUGGAAGAGGAACUGGUGAAUUUUCCUUGCGCGUUGAAGGUACCACCCGCGUUCGCAUUGAGAACUUCACACGCGAGCGCCCUUAUUUCGAAGCCAAAGUGACCUAUUUCCAUGAAGAUAACAGCGCUACCGAUAAACAGACGCAAGACCUAUUCGCGCUCUUCAAGACCCGAUCUCGCGAAUUAGUUACGAUACUAAGGAUUUCUUCCCUCCUCCCCCGAACCCGAGAUGGUCCGAUUCUUUCACCAGUCCUUACGAGACGACUGGAAAUGCUCAUCAUGCGAAAGGAAUUGAAGGAGGCUGGCCUUCUGGCCGACUUUAUGGCGAACUUGGUAGAGAGUACGCAUGAAGAGAAACUUGAGGUUCUUGCGGCUCUCGAUGUCAAGGUGCGCCUCACAAAGGUCAUUGAGUUGCUGGAACGACAGGUCGGCGGCAUCAAGAACAACUUCAAGAUCACCACAUUCACAACCAUGCCUGUUCAAAUCUUGGAUCGUUUGAACGAGAACCAGAAAAAGCCAGGCUCACUACCCCCGGGCCCGGGCAUGGCAUUUGUCCCACCUAAUGGGCAAAUGCCUGGCGGACACGACCAAAAUGACGACCAGGAGGCUAACGAGCUCGAUGAGCUCAAGCGCAAACUUUCGAACGCCAAACUUCCAGCCGAAGCUGCCAAGGCCGUAGACCGCGAGUUAAGGCGCCUUCAAAAGAUGCAACCUAUGAACCAAGAAUAUCAAGUGACUCGUAAUUGGUUAGAAACCUUGGCUGAGAUUCCCUGGACAGUCACCACAGACGAUCGCUUAGGCCCCGAGACUCUGCGUAGGGCAAGAAGGCAGCUCGACGAUGACCACUAUGGCUUGGACAAUGUCAAGAAGAGGCUGAUCGAGUACCUGGCUGUCUUGAGGCUCAAGCAGUCGAUCAAUGACGAUGUUGAGGAGAAGAUCAAGAAGGCAGAGCAGGAGAUGGUGCAGCCCGCUUCCGCCGACGAGCAAGGAAACCAGGAGAGGCAAGAGAACGAGAACGCGACGGAAGGCCCGAGAGCCGAGGAUGUCGCAAAGCCCGAGGCGGCUAAGCUUGAAAUCCUCAAGUCUCAGCGUCAGGUCGACAAGUCCCCUAUUAUGCUCCUGGCAGGCCCUCCUGGUGUUGGCAAGACCAGUCUUGCCAGGUCAGUCGCCACGGCCCUUGGCCGCAAGUUCCACCGUAUCUCCCUUGGAGGUGUUCGAGAUGAAGCGGAGAUUAGAGGUCACCGAAGGACCUACGUCGCGGCUAUGCCAGGUCUGAUUGUUCAGGGCUUGAGAAAAGUUGGCGUUGCUAACCCCGUCAUUCUCCUCGAUGAAAUCGACAAGAUUGGUCAUGCUAGCGUCCAUGGCGAUCCCUCAGCAGCUAUGUUGGAGGUCCUUGACCCCGAGCAAAACCAUAACUUCCAGGACCACUAUGUCGGCAUGCCUAUUGACCUCUCGAAGAUUCUCUUCAUUGCUACUGCGAACAGCCUUGACACUAUUCCCGCUCCUCUAUUGGAUCGAAUGGAGACCAUCUACAUCCCCGGCUAUACUACACUUGAGAAACGGCAUAUUGCAAUGCAACAUCUUGUCCCCAAGCAGAUUAGAGUCAAUGGACUGUCUGAGAGUCAGGUCGCCUUCAACCAAGAUGUUGUUUCCAAGAUCAUCGAAUCCUACACUCGCGAAUCUGGAGUUCGUAACUUGGAGCGAGAGAUUGGAUCAGUCUGUCGCGCUAAAGCUGUUGAAUACGCUGAGGCUAAGGAUACAAACCAUUUGGAUCACUACCGGCCCGAGCUGAGCGUGGAAGAUAUUGAGAACAUUUUGGGUAUUGAGAAGUACGAAGAAGAGAUUGCUGAAAAGACGAGCCGCCCGGGUAUUGUCACAGGCCUGGUAGCUUAUAGUUCCGGAGGUAAUGGAAGCAUCCUCUUCAUCGAGGUUGCCGAUAUGCCCGGUAAUGGACGAGUUCAGCUUACAGGCAAACUCGGCGAUGUCCUCAAGGAAAGCGUUGAGGUUGCCUUGACCUGGGUUAAGGCACAUGCUUUCGAGCUGGGUUUAACCCCGGAGCCUACUACUGAUAUCAUGAAGGAGCGCAGUAUUCACGUUCACUGCCCAUCUGGUGCUAUCCCUAAGGACGGCCCCAGUAGUGGUAUCGGCCAGGCAAUCGCACUCAUCUCUCUCUUCUCGGGGAAGCCGGUGCCACCAACGAUGGCAAUGACGGGUGAGAUUUCUCUCCGGGGCAGAGUUACAGCCGUCGGAGGUAUCAAGGAGAAACUCAUCGGCGCCCUCCGAGCUGGCGUCAAGACUGUGCUACUUCCGGCCCAGAACCGCAAGGAUGUCAAAGAUCUCCCACAAGAGGUCAAGGACGGACUCGAGAUUCUUCACGUCAGCCAUAUCUGGGAAGCGAUUCGUCUUGUCUGGCCAGACUCCCAUUGGGCCGAGGACAAUAACUACCGAGGCAUCGAGAGUCGACUGUAA